AUGGGCGUAACGAGUAACGUGGCGGAUGUUGGUAACUGGGAUGAACUGAAAGAGAAGAUUGAAAAGAUUGAGACACUGGAUGGGCUUGUUAACAAUGCCGCUUUCUCGGAUGAAGCAACGCUUUCCUCUCUUGAGGUUUCCAAUAACUAUCUCCAGAAAAUCUUUGCGGUGAAUUUGUUUGGCAGUAUAAAUACAACUCAAAUCGUUGCAAAGAAAAUGAUAGCAGAUGGAAGGCCUGGGUCAAUCGUUAACGUAUCCAGCAUAUUUGCAUUGCAAGCAGCUCCAGGCUAUCUGGCAUAUACAGUGUCAAAAGCUGGUAUGGACAUGGUAACGAAACAGUUUGCAUUGGAACUAGGACCGCACAACAUUCGCGUGAACUCCGUGAAUCCGACUUUGGUCAUGACAGAGGCAUCAAAAAAUUUUAUUGCGCAAGGUCAUCCGAUCGAAAAGCUAUUUUUAGAACGAACGCCAAUGCCUCGCAUCCCAGAGGAAGAGGAAAUAGCCGCACCGAUUUUGUAUUUUCUAAGUGACAUGUCUUCAAUGGUGUCUGGAACAAUCCAUAUCAUCGACGGGGGUUUGACGUCUUCAUUUUCGACAAAAAUGUAA